AUGAGCAAUCGACCCUAUGAGAUAACCGUCCUGGGCGCCACCGGGUGGACCGCCACAAUCUGCGCCGAGCACAUUGCCAAGACCUUCCCAACAAAUACGAGAUGGUGCAUUGCAGGUCGUUCAGCCGCAAAGCUUGAAGUUCUGCGCCAAGAACUUCGGGCCAUCAAUCCCGAUCGACUGGAGCCGGACAAUUACAUUAUCCCUCAACUCGAUGGUGAGGGACUCAAUCCCCUUGUCAGAGACACCGAAGUUCUGAUCAACGGUAUUGGACCAUAUCACCGCCAUGGCACCCCCAUCGUUGAAGCAUGUGCCCGUAACGGCACCCAUUACGUCGACUUUAGCACCGAAACUGCAUGGAUCGCUCAGAUGAUUCGUGAUUUUCACGAGGUGUCCAAAGGUUCAGGCGCUAUUAUUAUCCCGGCUAUCUCGGGAUCGAGUGCUCCAUCUGAUCUUGUGGCGUGGCUGAUUGCUAGACAUCUACGAGAGAAAAACCAACCAGCAGCAUCUGAAAUCGAAUUUCUGGGUCAUCGCUACGACCAACAUCUUGGGCAUCUGGCAACAUCCUUCGUGGCGUGGGGUAAUGAGUCCAUCGCUCAACGAUCAGCAGCCUUGAAUCCGAAGAUUUACGGACAGAAAUUUGUGUUCAAGGAGUACAGCCCAGCCACUGGCCUUAUAUCUGCACUACUCAUGCACAUCGUCACGAAACUGGGUAUUUUCUUGCUGGCAUUGCGAUGGUUCAGAUCCUUCGUUCGUGGUAAGUCCUUCGAUGCAGGAUCUGGACCCAACAGAGACGAAAGCCGCAAAAUUGAGAGUGCGGAAUGGAAGGCAGUUGGCUAUGCGACUGGCAAUAAAGAAUCAGUGGCGUUAGCCAAGUUCAGCUACAAAGGAGCGCUGGUUGACAUGGCUGCAAUCCUAGCCGUAGAGGCUGCAGCGUCAAUCAAUCAGAUGGACAAGAAUGGGACUACUGGUGCUGGACUAUUGACGCCAUCAACAUUGGGCAUCACAUUUGUGGACCGACUUCGGGCAGUGGGUUUCGAUCUCAUGGUUGAAGGACUUGAGAGUCAUUAA